AUGAAACGGCGCAUGUUUAUCGUACUUGCGGCUGUUGCCACCGCUCUACCCACACCGACCACCAAAUCGCCACUGACCAGUGAACAGCCUCAGCUGAUUGUUGAAGGAACUCAGGCGUCAGAAUUUGCAAAGCUACAAGGCGAUGAUGCUGAACUGACGGCAAAGUACAAGGGCGUUGUUGCAAAGGAUAUGCGAGGUCGCCGAAGAAAUCCCUUUUCGGGUUUAACCAGUGGAUACGGACAAUUAGGACGUGGAAUGGGUGGACCAUUCAAUGGGUUCAACGGCGGAUACGGAAUGGGAGGUGGAUACGGUGGAGGUGGUGAUGAUUUUGGAGGAGGCUACGGUGGUGGCCCAUACGGUGGAGGUUACGGUGGCUAUGGAGGCGGCCCCGAUUACGGCGGUUACGGAGGUUUCGGUGGAGGAGGUUAUGGAAUGGGAGGCGGUCCAGGAGGAUACGGAGGAAUGAAUGGCGGCUACGGUGGAGAUUAUGGAGGCGGAUAUGGUGGUGGUGGUGGAAUGAUGGGAGGAUACGGAGGAAUGGGAGGUGAUGGUUUCGGCGGAUAUGGUGGCUACGGUGGUGGAGGUGGUUUCGGUGGCGGAAUGGGAGGAAAUAUGGGCGGUUAUGGCGGCUAUGGAGGUUAUGGUGGUGGCAUGGGCGGUGGAAUGGGAGGAGACUAUGGUGGUGGCUAUGGCGGCAGCCCGUAUGGUGGUGGCGGCUACGGAGGCGACAUGGGUGGAGGAUGCCCUGGAGGCGGAUGUCGAGGCUAG